AUGUGUCUGGUGUCAGUGCAAAAUCAUGUUUGGCACUUGCCAUCAUACUUGGCACCAGUCCUUAGAAUUGGAGGGCAAGGAGGAAGUGAAUUUAAUCUUAAUGGUAUUGGAAACGGAGCCACACUGAAAAAGAUCUGGGUUUGGGCCGGCGGCUGGCAGAUAAAAGCAAUCCAGGUUUGGCUAACUGACGGCCAGUCCAAGCAAUUUGGUAAUUCUGAUGGGCAGUAUUCAGAAUUUACAUUUGAAGAUGGAGAGCAUUUCACUUCCCUUUCUCUUUGGGGAAAUGGAGCUGGAACACGUCUGGGUGCCAUCAAAUUCAAGACGAAUCGCUCCCGUGAGUUCUUCGCACACAUGACAGACUGGGGGCUGAAAACAGAAUAUCCAAUUGAUGUGGGAUCUGGGAUCUGCAUGGGAAUUGCAGGCCGUGCCGGUUCAGAUAUUGAUUCCUUAUGCUUCAUAUUCAUCAACACCGUCAAAUCUACUAAGCUAACAAAUGUUCAGUAUCCCACGCUUCAUAGUGUGAUACCUAAUGUCGCUGUUGAGGAAAUCAAAUCUGUGACCUACCAAAACAAGUCUUCUCAAAUUCAAGAAUACAAAAUAGAAACCUCCAAAACAAUCACCAAAAAGUCGUCCUGGUCUGUUACCAACAAGAUGGAAGCCUCCUUCAACAUGGAAGUGAAAGCAGGAGUUCCAGAGGUUGUGGAAGUAACAGCUGGAUUCAGUCUCACAGUGGGAAGCGAGAGCUCAUAUGGUUUGGAGAACACUGAGGAGAGAUCUGAGCUGUUUUCUUUUCCUAUCAAAGUCCCUCCAGGGAAAACCGUGGAUGUGGACAUUACAAUCGGCCGGGCUACAGUUGAUCUCCCCUACAAUGGUACGGUCCAGAUUACCUGCUACAAUGACAGCGUGCUGGAGUUUAAAACCAGUGGAACCUACAAAGGGCUGAGUUACACUGAUGCAAAAAUGGUAGUGAAUGAAUCAGCAAAGAGCCUGUAAAUGCUGCAUCUACAGAAAGAGCUUGGUGCAGAAGCACAUCUUAUGAUUGCUAAAUGAUUUUUUUAAGAAACAUUCUGAGGAAAGAAUAGAAUAAAACAUUUUAGAUGUUUUCCAUAUAACACCGCAUACUCAGUAUGAUUAUUCUGAUUGUUUCACGUUAUCCUACUGCUAUGAAAAUGAGUUUUCUUCUGUUUAAUAAGUAAACAUUUCCCUUAAUGAAAUUGACCUCUACUUCUGAUUUUAAAUUAAAAUCUCAUAUCACUUUUUUUGGCAGAGAGUAUGUGCCAAAUUGUGUUGUUUAUGUUUGUGUUUGAGGACUAAUUAGUUUUCAUAACCAAUUUCCAUCUUUAGAACAAAUUCUGUAGCAGACACUCCCCUCUCACAUAGGUUGUUAUAUCAAUAAAAGUUUUUUUGUAGUACACUGACCUGUAUGUUAACUGAAUAUUUUUCUCCACUGAUCAAGUAGAUGAUACACAAGGGAACUGUGUCGGAAAAAAUACAUCUCAUAAUAUAUGUGGGAAAAAACUGUAAACAAAUAUAAAUGAAUUAAUAAACAUGAGCAGAAUGUCUAUCGUG